AUGGUUAAUAUAACGGAAUUUUUCAAGCAAGAGGGCAAACCGGGCCAGAAACCGGCUAAGUCUGUCACUACCAAGAGAUCAGUGAAACCAGAAGUUAUUGAUUUAGGUGAUGACGAUGAUGAUGAUGAUGAGCAUGAAAUUCCUGCCAAGAAAAGACGCCAGCCAUCUGUUGAGAAAGUAGAGACCAAGAGAUCUAGGCCUGCCACAUCUGCUAAACCUCCGGCAAAGAAAGCACCUGUUCACAAGAAGGCAUCGCCAACAACUGGCAAUGUAACCUCGGCAGCGGAAAGCGUCACAGCAAAUGAUGUUCUUCAGAAAAUACCCUCUGUGGAUCUUUCAGGUGUACAUGUUAAGGAGAAUGUUAGUUUUGAUUUCAGAAAUAGACCUGCUCAGGGUUCAUCAGGGGAUUUACCAGAUUCUUCAGCUCUUGACUUUCCAGAAGGUAAACCUAAUUGUUUGCUAGGAUUGACAAUGGUUUUCACUGGUGUUCUCCCCAACAUCGAGAGAGGACAGGCUGAAGCCCUCGCCAAGAGGUAUGGUGCUCGUGUGACGAAGUCGAUUUCCAGUCGGACUUCUGUUGUGGUUCUUGGCGAUGAGGCAGGACCAAAGAAGCUUGAAAAUAUCAAAAAGUUGGGUAUUAAAGCAAUUGACGAGGACGGGUUCAAGCAGUUGAUCGCUGGUAUGCCAGCUGAAGGUGGUGAAGGUGCUGCUGCGGAAAAAGCUCGUCAAAAGAUCGAAGAACAGGAGAAACAGGCUAUUCAAGAAGCGGAAGAGAUGGCGAACCAGGAGAGGGAAAGGGCUAGGAGAGUAUCGGCAGCCCGUGCUUCUGGUGAACAAGUGAAAGAGGCAGAUAAGGUAGAUGAAGCUUAUAAACUAUGGACCGUCAAGUAUGCACCUACUAACCUACAGCAGAUAUGUGGUAAUAAGAGCAGCGUAUCAAAGCUGAAAAACUGGUUAACCAACUGGGAAGAGAGUAGAAGAAACGGAUUCAAAAGCGCAGGAAGACAUGGCACUGGGGUUUUCAGAUCAGCUAUGCUAUAUGGCCCUCCAGGUAUCGGUAAGACUACCGCAGCACAUCUUGUGGCAAAAGAGCUUGGGUAUGACAUAUUAGAGCAAAAUGCUUCCGAUGUUCGUUCCAAGAGUCUUUUGAAUAAUGGAAUAAAGAAUUCGUUAGACAACAUGUCUGUUUUCGGCUAUUUCAAGGGCAGGACGGACCCAAGCGGCUCCAAUGGUAAGAAAUUCGUGAUUAUCAUGGAUGAAGUUGAUGGUAUGAGUGGUGGUGAUAGAGGUGGUGUUGGGCAAUUGGCUAGUUUCUGCCGUAAAACCUCCACGCCGAUGAUACUAAUCUGCAAUGAGCGUAAUUUGCCAAAAAUGAGACCCUUCGACAGAGUUUGUCUGGAUGUACAGUUCAGGCGACCUGAUGCAAACAGUAUCAAAGCGAGACUGAUGACCAUUGCCGUAAGAGAAAAAUUCAAACUAGACCCCAACGUCAUUGAUAAGUUGGUGCAAGCUACUAGAGGAGAUAUAAGGCAGAUCGUUAAUCUUUUGUCAACCAUUACUAAAACAUCUAAGCAGAUCAAUCACGAAAAUAUAACAGAGAUUUCAGCAGCAUGGGAGAAGAACAUUGCGUUAAAGCCAUUCGACAUCGCCCAUAAAUUGCUAGAUGGCCGCAUAUAUACUGAAAAUGGCGCACAGCACUUCAAUCUCAAUGAAAAGAUCGCCUUGUAUUUUGACGACUUUGACUUUGCACCGUUAAUGAUACAGGAAAAUUAUCUCAGUACAAGACCCUCCAACCUUAAGAAAGGACAAUCGCAUUUGAGCGCUGUCGCUGAAGCAGCAGAAAGCAUUUCUCAGUCGAACCUCGUAGAAAAGCGAAUCAGAAGCAGUGAGCAAUUGUGGAGUCUUUUGCCACUGCAUGCCAUCCUAUCGUCUGUAUAUCCUUCGUCUUUGGUUGCAGGUCAGAUGGCUGGAAGGAUCAAUUUCACUGCAUGGCUAGGUCAAAAUUCUAAAGCAGGGAAGUAUAGCAGAUUACUUCAAGAGUUGCACUAUCAUACAAAAUUGAGUACAUCAGCGGAUAAGAUAAGCUUAAGACUCGAUUACCUACCUGCCCUUAAGAACAGGCUUUUGAACCCAAUUCUGAAAACAGGAGCUGAUGGUAUUGCUCCCGUUAUCGCCUUUAUGGAUGGCUAUUAUUUAACAAAAGAGGAUUGGGACACCAUCAUGGAAUUCAUGAUUGGUCCUGAUGCAACUGAUGCUACAUUGAAGAAAAUACCUACAGCGGUCAAAACAGCUUUCACCAGAAAAUACAACAGCACAACUCAUCCUGUCGCAAUUUACAGAACAGGUGCUACCACUGCCGCCAGUGCGGCCGUCUCGACCAGCACUCCCGAUUUUGAAGACAUUGUUGAUGCUGAUGAUUCAGUUCCUCCAGCUGACGAAGAUGACACGCAAGAAGAUAACGAUGUGAAGAAAGACAAAUUGAUCAAACAGAAGGCAAGACCGACAAAGAGGAAAGCUAAGACUCCACCUGCAAAAGCCUCUGCGGCUAAGAAAAGGAAGGCCAAAGCCUGA